UGUAGCUCUUAUCGAAAGAAACGUUAGUGACGGAUCUCGUUCCCUGCGUUUGGCAAUCUAGGUUAACAAAGAGUGACUCCCCACGCCAAGUGAAAAGUCUACUAUGUGACUGUCGAUCGAUAUCAAACUACAACAGGACUCGUAUAAACUGGACCCGACAGCAGAAUGACGGACGUUCCGCCAAACCUCGCCUCCAAGUCGUACUCAGCAAAAAAGACUGUGGCACAAGGUUUCCUUGACCUAGCCCUGUUGUUGGCCAACACAUCUCAGUUGAGGUCAGUCCUUGAGGUCCCGUUUGAGCUGAGGACGUGGACGUUCUGGCCGCUGGUGGUGAUGCUGGGGCUGUCCCUGUUGCUGCAGUUAGUGACGGGGGUCAUCAUGUUCGUCAUGGGAACUAUAGUGCCGGAUGGUGAGGAGGAAGAGGGGCGGGCUAAAACUCUCAGCAAUGUAUCAAUCGGUCUCAUUGCUACCAUAGCUUUCAUCAAUACCUUCAUUACAGGGUUCGGGAUCAGUUUUACAGAGGAUAUUUCUGACUACAUGGUUGCUCAACCUGCAAUAAGGACAAAUGAAACCGUACAGAGCGGUGAUGUCCCGCCCGGCUACACAACGCGAGCCUACGCUACAAGGAAGACGGUAGCAGAAGGGCUCCUUGACUUCGCCCUUCUCAUGGCUAACGCAACCCAACUGAAGGCAUUGCUGGAUCUGCCUGAAGGCGACGCCCGUAACAGCUUCUUCUACACUACCUUGUCGUUGUUGGCGGUGUCCAUCGCGCUGCAAAUCAUCACUGGAAUCAUCAUCUUUGUCCUGGGAACCAUGGAGGUAAAGACUGACGAGGAACAGAAGAAGGCCAACUCCUUGAACAAUGCCUCGGUGGCUCUCAUCAUGUUCAUAACCGUUGUCAAUUUAAUCACUAAACUAUCAUGUUUUGGGGGUUUAUUCCUCGUGGUCGAGCCACCAUUAUCACUUAAACUUGCAAUGGCUCCAGAGCGAAACGUAGAAAUGGGUACCUCCAACAGACGAAAGUCGAAUACGUCCGGGCAGGCUGUGUUCGCCUCCAGGACCUACACAACCCGAAAGACGGUCGCGCAAGGCAUGCUGGACAUCGCUCUUCUCCUCGCCAACGGUUCCCAGCUGAAGGCGUUGUUACAGACGCCGGAUAGUCACCGCGACGUCCUGUACGUACCACAGUUGGUACUCAUUGGGUUGUCGGUGACGUUGCAAAUAUGCGUCGGCGUCAUCAUCAUCAUCCUCGGCAAUAUGGAAGCGCGGACGGGCGAGGCACAGAAACGGGCAAUAGUGAUGAACAAUAUCAGCGUGGCAAUGAUUCUCUUUAUCACGGUGAUCAACGUCUUCAUCUCAGCGUUCGGGAUAAAGGUGUCGGGACACGAGUUAGUGUAUACGGACGUGCCGUCAGCGACAACUCAAGAAAUGGACCUCGAGAGCAUCUUUGGACAAGUCACAUCCGGGGCACAAAUGAUGGCCUGACGGACGUCUUGAUUCCCAAACCAACAUGUAUUGACGCAAACGUUAUAAGCACCAACAAUGUUGCGGGAUUGGAGUUUUCAAAUGGCCAUCUUUAUCACAUUCUUCAGAAGUCAAGGAUCGACCAUGUGGUAACCGUGUUAGCGCGUUUCUCGUCGCUGUGUCUA